AUGAGUUGCGAAGAUAUUCACACUGGAAAACGUAUCAAGAUUCAUCGUUUAAGUGAAGCCUGUAGAUGGGGCGAUCACUACUUGGCCACUGACUCUUAUUUCUACAUCAUUAAAGGAGAUGAGUAUCGCAGAGUGACCGAGCUGAGUAAAGACGAGGACGCUGUGGUUUACUCUCUUCAUUGCAACUGUCGCGGAGGAAGCAGCUACUACUCUGCCUUUGGUAAUUGGUACAUCGUGUUUGCCAAGAGAGGCACCUACAGGCGAGUGAGAAAUAUGAACAAAGAUGAAGACGCCGUUGAAUAUAAAAUCCACCAAGCGUUCCAAGAUGGCAUCUAUUACUGGGGUACCAAGAAUUAUGUCUACUGUCUAAUGCAGGCUGGAAAAUGGGGUGUCACCUAUCACAAAAGCACCAACAUGAACUUGAACAAAGAUUGCGGUGACUUCAGCGUUCACGAGUCAGUGCUCAAUUUUCUCCCUGGCGAGUCUAACUGGUCCAUCGAGACGACAAAAAGCAAAGAUAAGCAGAUCAAUGUUUCUAAAUUGAUUGAGUGUCUCUGUAAAGUUCAGUAUGGCCUUAAGGAGACGUUUGGUGGAAAGAUGGUCAACACAGCGCAGUUCGAAUGGAGUGACACCACUGAAAAAGAAGAAACCCUUAAGGUGAAUAUCCCACCGAAUACCAAGCUGUACGUUUGGCAGUUUCAAAUGGGCUUUGGAGAGAAGAAUAACCUCUUCAGUAUUGACACUAGGAUCACAUACAAUGAAACACCACCUGAGCUUCUUCAAAACAGAUUUCAGAUGAUUUACAAGACUCACAGCGGUCGGAAAAUUGUUGCAAACUUAAAAUAUUACCUUUUAUGUUUUCAGACUGCUUUCCAAUUUAGGAACGGUUCCGGAGAGUCAACUGAGAAUAUAUCAGAUCCGCGAGAAAAUAGGGAGAAAGACUUUGAUGUUCUUAUGCACUGGAAACUAAAUGGUGAAGAGCUGAACAUAAGCUACAGCGCUGUGAACUUAGAAAAAGACAGCAGGUGUAAUGGAAGCAAGGCGCUGAUAUUUGGGCAGGAAGGAGAAAUUAGCGCGUCUUACGCUGAAAUUCGGCCCAAAACAGAUAUCAGCGAAAGAGAGUCGUAUACAAUAAUGUGCUGGAUCAAAUUGAAAAGGUACAACACAAAAACUGACUCCUAUCAAGUCAUUUUGGCAGAUUUGACGACGCAAAAGUAUAUGUUUGCAAUCAUUCAUGGCGGUAAGCUGUCCUUGAACAGCAGAGUCUUUGGAAAAAGUACCUUGAGAUUAAAAGAAGCACAUGAGCGGGUUCGUCUACAUAAAUGGGUCCAUACAGCUGCGACUUGGGACGGUUAUGAAAUAAAAUUGUUUGUAGAUGGUAAAGAAAUGGAUGGGAACACGUUAGAUUCUUCGUUGAAAAAUGAAGGAUCCUUUGAGAGUGAAACAGCUUACAUAGGAGGAUACCCGGGGCUCCACCAGUUCAGCGGAUCAAUAAUGGAUCUAUUUGUCAUUGGAACGGCACUCUCGCGGGCUAACAUCAUGAGCGUCUUUAAAGGUGUUCCACUGAUGACGCAGAAAAUCGUCAGUGUCCCGGGGAAACAUGUCAUGGUCAAGUGGAAGAGAAUCUUUGAAGGACAGUGUCCUUCUGACAACUUCUUUGUAUAUUACAAAGAAGUAAACUCCACUCAAUGGAAGUUCCGAAACGUGUCCAAGGGAGCUAAUCAAUAUGAUCUUGAGCUGGAGUGUUUCAAAAAGUAUGAUGUAGCGGUUACUGCCGAGAGGUCACAAAAUAGUGAAAAUGUAGAGGCUCCAAGAGAUGCCAGCAAUCAUUGGAAGGUACUAACUGGACAAGAUUUUCCAGAAAUUUUGAAUCACGACCCGGAGGUAAAGGGAAACUUAGUAACGGUGUCAUGGUCACGCCUUGUAGACUGCGAUGUGAAAAACCAUAUUCUCAGGUAUAAGUAUAAAAACGUAGAAGAAUGGACAGAAAAAACUGAACAAGUUCCUGCGACGGAAUUUAAACAUACACUUAAACUGAAAUGCCAUAAAGUCUACCUAAUUGCAGUCACCGCCAGGACGGCAUUUGGCGAGACGCCUCUAACACCUAGCAGUUGGUGGAAGGUCAAAACCGGACAAGACUUUCCGAAAAUGAAAAAACCAGAGGUUAGGAAGAGCAAUGUGACGGUCAGAUGGGAAAAUCCCUUCGUUGGCGAAUGCAAUGUUUCAAGGUUCACCGUGUACUACAGAGAAACAAUGGAGCGUCGGUCUGUAAACUGGACAAAAGUUAUAGUUUCAAGAGACGACUUCCAAACGACUCUUCAGUUGAAUUGCACAACGGUUUACGAAAUUGCAGUCACGGCAUGGAGCUCACAUGGAGAAACGCUGCGGGACGGAAACAUAAAGAAUACGCAGACUUUUGGAGAUUCACCAUCGCCUAUUGAACACAGUUCAAUCACAAUUUUAGAAGACUGUAAAGUGAACGUUUCUUGGAAUCCCCCGAAGGACAAUGGCUGCCCUUUAAAGGAGUACACAAUUCACUACAGAGAGAUUCCAGACUCAUAUAGCGCGUGGCACGAAAUACGUAUAUCUGACGUUAGACGAACGCACAACAUUAUUUCGCUUAAGUGUGGUCAGCAAUACCAGCUAGCACUGACGGCGUCUAAUUCUGCAGGAGAAAGCAAAAUGUCACCUCCUCAUAACAUAACAACUACAGUCUCAUUAGGCAAAACACCAAUCACAAACGAAGGAAGUGGUAGUGGUGCUGACGACUCCAACGUAGUCAUUGCUGGUAUAGUUAGUAGCUGUGUUGUAAUUAUCCUGCUUGUGUCCAUAACGAUCCUAAUCGCAAGAUGGAGGAAAAAGAAAACAAAUUCUACCAGUGGAAGGUGA